UUUCCACCACCCCCCGUAAGCCGGGGAUGUGAGCACAGGCUAGGGCUGCACACGGGCACUAGGAAAGGACAUAGCUGAGGACAAAGGCACGGGGACCUGGGGUAGCAAACAGAGCGAGGACAGAGUUCCAGGAAGAUCCCAGAACAAAGACCUCCGGCCUCACCUCGCUUCCAAAUGGACCCCAACUGCUCCUGCUCCACUGGCGGCUCCUGCACCUGUGCCGGCUCCUGCACAUGCAAAGACUGCAGAUGGACCUCCUGCAAGAAGAGCUGCUGCUCCUGCUGCCCUGUGGGCUGCGCCAAGUGUGCCAAGGGCUGUGUCUGUAAAGGGGCAUCAGAAAAGUGCAGCUGCUGUGCCUGAUGUAAGGGAGAGCCUAAUCCAGAUGUAAAUGCCCAGGGACGUGGGCAAACCUGCAUUUUUAUCCAAACCCGACCUGAGUGUUACAAUUCCUUUUCCAAUAUGUGAAUGGUAAUAAAAAAAAAAUUGUUGACACUA